GAUGGCAUUAGAGAGCCACGAAAUCACACGUAUACGUACGAUGCUUUCUCCCGUUCACAACGUCUGUUGUGUUCGGGAAACCAAGCAAAUCAGGCAGUCCACAACCCCUUAAAACCCGAAUAAAAAAUAAUGAUUUGAUAUAUCUUUUCAGCGAUAACACGUUGAAGUUUGUGUACUUUUGAGAUGCGAUCGGAACAAGAAAGGGAGGAUCGUACGGGUCGGAGGAAUAUUGCCCGUUAUGUGCAGCUUUAUUAAACCCGUUUAACUUCACGACACCAAACACAACGAAUAUCUCUGAAACAAUUCUAAUUGCUUUAAAGCUAAGCAGCGGUUUUCAUAUUUCGACUUAUAGCUCUAAGAUGCUUAUCCAAGGACAUGUAUGUCGGUCCAGAUGAACGUCAACUCAGACAUGCGCACCAUGUGACUUUUCUGUCGUUCGUCUGUCUGGAUGCCAUAUUGUACGCGUCUCCAGUAGAAGGUGGAUCAAAACAUUUUCACAUAUGAAAUAACACGUGUGGCUCCUUGAGAUGUAUUCUCAAACAUCAGGUUUGGCUCUUGUGCCAACACAGUCCUGUGUUGAGAAUCCAAAUGAAGACAUUGUGAUUAUCUCUGGAGAUGCAGGAUGGACUUGCUGUUCAUGUUCCCUGGACUUCGGGCCAGAUGUCAGUGUUAAAAAACAUUUAGCUGAUGUUCACAAAGCUGAAGCAGCAGCAACAUCAGAGAAAAUGUUAUCUCCAGAACUCGAGGGUAUCAGAGAAGAAGAUUUUGAAGAUGGAGUGCUUACUGCUGAUAAAAACAACAUUUUGCUGUCAGCCUUCAAUAACAGAGAAACCAUUCAGAUAAUAAAAAAUGAUUACUCAGCAAGCUCACCCAGCAUCUCAGAUGAAACAGGAGAAGAAUCAUUUGGUACUGUAAAAAGAAAAAACACAGUGGAAGUGAAAAUAGAGGCUCCAGAAGAAGAAAGUUUCUUAGUCACUACCAUUCCUGGAAGUUCUUAUACAUCAACACAAAUUCCUAGACCUGUUGCUGUUAGAGUAAAUGAUAGUUCCUUUGUGGAGACAUGCUCAGAGGCAGAGGAGUCGGACAUGGAUAAAGAAGAAAAAGUAAAAAAGCAGCAUAAACUGUUUGACCUUAUUGGAAGAGCAGCAGCAUACUUUAAAGAUAUAAAUUCUAGAGAGGCACUCAUCCUUCUUACCACUUCACUGGUUGCACUUGAGUAUAAGAAUGCCAAAUGCAGAGGUCGUGGCACCGCUGCAGCAGAGAGUGUAACAUCUGUGGCAUUGACAUACCAAAAAACUAAUAAAAAGACAGAUGCUCAAGAGAAAAAGAAGGCUUUCAUUUGUAAAAUAUGCAAUAAAGCUGUCUUUGGCUAUACCUCAGAAGCCCUUCUCUGGCACUGCAAGACACACUUCAUUAAACGAGCAACUGUUUUACAGUGUAAAUUUUGCACAAAAACUUUCAGGUACAAGCAGUGGUACGAGAGUCAUAUGCGGCAGGCUCAUCCAUCAAAUGAUGAAGCAAGUAAUACUGAUUCAGAAGUUUCCAGUAUGGAACAGUUUUCUGCUAACUCAGACUUGAUAAGCUUGAGCAAAGAAGAGGGGUUGUCUAAACUAAACAUGCACAAGAAGAUUAAGAGCAGUGAACUGCAGGGUGAAAAAGAUCAAGACGACAGAGAUCAUUCAUAUUUUAAGAUAUCAGUAGAUACAAGUAAAUCUCUGGCUAUAUCAGACAGCUCAGUCCUUGAUGGUCCAUCAGAGACACUGCAGACAGAAAAAGAGUCUUUUACUGCAAAAGCAGUCAGUACAGUUGGAGAGGAAUUGGCAGUGGAUAUAAGUAAUGGCAGGGAAAAAACAUCUAUGAGAAUGUCUCAAAAGAGCCAAGAGGCACGAGUUAAGUGUGUUAUCUGUGGCGUUUUAAUUCUAAAGAGACCCUCCUUGUGUAAACGCCAUUAUGGGGUGCACCUUCAGAAAGUCACAACAUGUCCUGUGUGCCACAAAAGUAUUCCUCAUCCAAACUACUUGCGUGCUCAUGUUUAUGAACACCAGCUGGCCCUUUGUGAACCGCAUAACACCGUACAGGUUAAUAUGUCCACUUCUUCAGAAACCAGCAAAUUGCAAAGACAUAUAAAAACAAGCCAGCUAAACAGUGAAAAAUCCACACUGUCUAUGAAUGAUAAUGAGACUCCUAUACAUCGCCAGUCAUCAUCAGUUGGAAAGAACCAAAACACUGUGGUAGGGGAAAGGAAAAAUAGCAAAAGAACUGCGGCGGUAAUAGGAGAGAAUGUUAAGAAUGAUAAUGAGACUCCUAUACAUUGCCAGUCAUCAUCAGUUGGAAAGAACCAAAACACUGUGGUAGGGGAAAGGAAAAAUAGCAAAAGAACUGUGGCGGUAAUAGGAGAGAAUGUUAAGAAUAAUAAUGAGACUCCUAUACAUUGCCAGUCAUCAUCAGUUGGAAAGAACCAAAACACUGUAGUAGGGGAAAGGAAAAAUAGCAAAAGAACUGUGGCGGUAAUAGGAGAGAAUGUUAAGAGCACGAUGGUGGUUGCAGAAAGAAAGAAUAACAAAAAUAUUGCUGAGAGAGUAAACUGUGUUGUGUGUGGACAAGCUUUUAUCUCUUGUGACUCAACAUUACUGAGACAUUACAAUUUUCAUGUUAACUGUACCAAAAGCUGCCCUGUAUGCUUGGAAAAGAUACCUAACAAAGAUAGAUUAAAACUACAUAUUCUUCAGCAUCAGCGGGAGCUCACAGAUAACCUCGAUGUUCCUUUGGAUACACUUGCAUCAAACCAUUUGUCUUUUACUUGGGAUUCCUCCAAUUCGCUGAUAGGAGAACAGCACAAAAGUUCAGAAUCAAUGACAGACGAGCAGUGCCAAACUUCAGACUCAGCAUUAAGAAAAAAGUUGAAGUACACAGCAAAGGGUUCAUCCAAAUAUUCUGAUUCAUUCAUAAAAGAACAUGCCAAAGAAAUUGAAGAGAGUAGUCUGGAAAUCCAGAACCAUCCUUUGGGGUACCAGGAUUUUUCUUUAGAAACCACUACAUCAUCUCCAACAAUAAAACCAGUGCAAGAACAAAAUCCACAUGUCAAAACAGGUUUGUUUUCUAUAGUAAGAUCCUCUACAGCAGUCAAACAGCAUUCUGAGAUUAAAGCAAAGUACCUCAAAUCUCCUAAUCCUAUAAAAAUGAAACGUAAAGGAAUGUCUGAGCGAAGGGCUAGAUGCAUAAUCUGUGGACUUAUUUAUAGGACCAGACGAUCAGCCUUGCUUGCACAUUAUUCUGUUCAUGUUCGGAAAAGGACCACAUGCCCCUUGUGUAAUAUAGAAAUCCUGCAUAAAGUAGAACUUAAAGAACACAUUUAUGAGCAUCAGAAAGAACGAAACCCUUCUCUUUUGCUGCCAGCAUCUCUUAUACAAGGCCCCGUAUUUGUGCACAAUAAGCAGGUGUGCGUUCUCUGUGGAGACUUUUUCUCACAACAUGGUCAUGACCGUCAGUCCCAUAUCAAGAUGCACUUUCAAGAAAAGACCUCGUGCUCUGUAUGCGAUGAAAUUUUUCAUGAUGAGGAAACUUUUGUGAAGCAUAUUUUGCAUCACCAGCAAGGGAUACACGAUACAUCGGAUCUUGACAGCACUGAUGCUAUAGCAUUAUGGUCUCAGUCACCCAAAUCAGAUACAGUUCAGCUGUCUAAUCAGGAAGGCAGCAUGUUGUGUUCAGAGAAAGACCUUACUGUAAUGCCUGUCAGUGAAAAUGAUGUCCAGAUUAACAUGACCAUAGAAAACCAGGACCAGGUGGAACUCGAUCUAGAAAGUAACCCAAUAUCAAUGGUAGGAAACUUUGACAAUAAAAAAUCUUCUUCCUUACAAGCCACUAAUUACUUGCAUCCAAACUUACAAGAAAAGAAAGUAAGGUGUUCUGUGUGCAAACUGGAUCUGCUUGAUGAUAUGAAGAGUCUUGAGCAGCACUCUAUUCAACAUCCAGAAAAGACACACCUGGAGUGUGUUUCAUGUUCAAAAAAGUUUGACAGUGUGCAAAGUCUUAUGUCUCAUAUGAAAAAUCAUACAAAAGACAAAUGGAAAUUUGCUUGUCGCCUUUGUUCAGCUGCCUACAGAAGCCCUAUGGAGUACAGACAACAUCGCCGAGCAUGCUGGUUUGUAGAGUGCAAUGCCAAAACAACAGUGCCCACCAAUGCUUCUGGUGAUGGACCUUCAGAACCCAAAAAACUGAAACUUGAUAAUGAGGCUCAGUGCCUAACAGAAGGUGGUAUGCAUGAGUUAAGUCAAGAAGAAUUUGUCAGCUGCACAAAGUGUAGUGGUUUAAUUUUUAAUCAGCCUCACAGCAUUCAACGACACAUGCUUGUCCACAGUCUUAUGAUGCAUCAGUGUGAACACUGUGAAAGAUCCUUUUUUUCCAAAGAAAGACUUGAGCAGCAUGCAGCAUCCCAUUCUCAUGGUGGAGUUUGUGAAGUUUGUGGUACAACACUACAAACCAAGAAAGGCCUGGAGCAGCACAGGCUCUUGCAUACAGGUGGAGUGGGGCAUUACCCCUGCACAAGGUGUAACAAAGCCUUCUUGUAUGAAGUCCGGCUCAAGAGGCACAUGGAAAAACAUAAUAAUGUAGACAGUAUCUUCACUUGCGAGUAUUGUGGCAAAACCUACAUGAACAGGACACCACUUCUUCAUCAUAUUGCCAUCAAUCAUGAGAAUUCAAAAGAGUCAGUCUUUCUAUACAAGUGUGACCAAUGUCCGGCCAUGUAUUCAUUCCCAAGUGAGCUUCGUGACCACAUGGCAUUCCGCCACAAAGGGUUGACUCUGUACACUUGUAAGUACUGUAACCAAGGUUUCAAUUGUCGCCCUACUCUUGUGCGACACGAGCGGGUCCAGCACACCAAAUUCUUCCCUCACAAAUGUGGUGAAUGUGAAGAGGCAUUCGCUGAAAAAGUAAAGUUGGUCUCUCAUCAAAUACGAGUGCACAAAGCUGUGACACCUUUCCGCUGCAAUGAGUGUGGCACCUCAUGUACUACAGCAGGGGCGCUGCGGCAUCACAUGCUAAUUCAUGAUGAGAAGAGGCCCCGUCCAUUCAAGUGUGAACCUUGCAACGUUGCUUACUUUGACAAAUACCAUCUAGAUCGCCAUUUGAAAAGAGGAAAGUGUAAGCCAUCUGUUUACUGUGUAGUAGUUGUUGAACCUGUCAAUCAGGACACUCAGUUGUGAUUGCUGUGCUGUGAGCAAAUAUUUUGUCUUCAGUUUGUUAUCAUCUUACUUCAGUUAAAAUGGAUCUGGUGAUUAAAAUUAAAUUAUAAAUAAAGCAUUCUCCCCAAAUGACAACAUAAUAUUCAGAAUGUUUUAAACAUUUCCAAUGAGUCUGAAAUUCCACUUUUGACAUAUACGUGCAGUGUUAUGUGUACUGUGCAACUUGUAAAAUAUGCAGAAUAAGUUCAUCAAUUAAUUUUGUUGAGUUGUAGGAAAUAUAUAAAAUCAUGUAUUUGUU